GAGUUAAUACGAGUCAGCUGGUCUUGAAAGAACUUUGACGUGAUUCCCUGAGGAAACUGAGGUUUUUGUUUGGUCACGUCUUCAUAUUUUUUGGCGCAAUGUCGAGGUUUAGUGGGGCCCUCCAACUGACAGACUUGGACGAUUUCAUCACUCCAUCGCAGGAAUGCAUAAAACCAGUGAAGAUUGACGUGAAGAAAUCCAAGACAGGUUCGAAGAUAACAAUCCAAGAAGAUGGAUAUUAUGAGGAGACAGCUAGCGGCACCCAAAAACUCCAGAAAGUUGAAAUCACACUUCAAGAUUGCUUAGCGUGUUCAGGAUGUAUAACUUCAGCCGAAGGAGUGCUUAUAACACAACAGAGCCAAGAAGAGCUCCUGAAAAUCCUGCAGGAAAAUGAACGAAAUAAAUCAAUAGGAAAUUUGGACGAAGUGAAAACAAUCGUAUUCACAAUAUCCCAACAGCCAAUCCUCAGCUUAGCUCACCGAUACGAAAUGAACCCUGAAGAUUGCAGUCGCCACUUGGCUGGCUAUUUCAAAUCACUUGGCGCUGACUACAUUUUAAGUACAAAAAUUUCCGAUGACCUGGCGUUAAUCGAAAGCCGAGUGGAAUUCAUUGAAAGAUUUCGCAAUCAAAGUUCCGAUAGCAAAAACAAACAAUUGCCGAUGCUAUCAUCUUCGUGUCCUGGUUGGGUUUGCUAUGCGGAGAAGACCCAUGGCAACUUUAUAUUGCCAUAUAUUUCGUCGACUCGAUCUCCACAGCAAAUUAUGGGGGUUUUGGUGAAGCAGUUUCUGGCACAAAAGCUCAAUGUCGCGGGCAGUAGGAUAUAUCAUGUUACGAUAAUGCCUUGCUACGAUAAGAAAUUGGAGGCUUCCAGGGAGGACUUCUUUAGUGAAGUGAAUAAUUCGCGGGAUGUUGAUUGCGUUAUUACUUCCAUUGAAAUAGAGCAAAUGCUGGAAAAGGAUGAAAAAUCACUUGCAUCGUUCGAGCCAGUUGAGAUUGACUGGCCAUGGAAUACUCCACAGCCAGAACUGAAUGUCUGGGCACAUGAGAGUUCCGGAUCGGGUGGUUAUUCCGAUCAUAUUUUUAAAUACGCUGCUAAAGAAUUAUUCGGAGAUGAACUUAGCGGAUUGAACUAUCAAAAUUUAAGAAAUCCUGACUUUAGAGAGAUCACCCUAGAAAAAAACGGAGAAGUUGUUCUACGAUUUGCAGUCGCAAAUGGCUUCCGUAACAUUCAAAAUUUGGUGCAAAAAUUAAAACGUGGCAAAUGCCCGUACCAUUUCGUCGAAGUUAUGGCAUGUCCCUCAGGUUGCCUAAACGGUGGAGCCCAAGUACGUCCACAAAAUGGUCUACCAGCGCGUGAGCUCACAUCGCAACUAGAACAAUUCUACAAACUGUUACCAAAGUCUAACCCUGAUGGUCCAGAAACCAGCAACAUCUACGCCUCCUUCUUUAACGGUCAACAUAGUGACAAAGCGAACUCUUUACUUCACACUUCCUAUCAUGCCGUUGAAAAGAUGAACACAGCAUUAAAUAUAAAAUGGUGAUUAGUUGAUAUUUUUCGUAAUAUCUAAAUGUGAGUUGAAUGUUGAAUAAAAAGGUCAAUGUUAAUUAUA